CUCUACCCCCAAAAGCAGAGAAGAAACAAACCUUGAUCAUCUGAUCUCCUGUGUGUCACCUUGUGGCAUUCUGGGUUCCAUGGCACACAAGAGGCACAACAAACACAUCGAGACGCUCACAAACACCCACACCCUCUCACAGGGCAAAGGCAGUCCCUGAUCAUGUCGUCAACCGCUCCUCUCAGCCUCGGCCAAAGAAUAUGAAAACCCCUUCGCCUCCUUCCUCUCCGAGAGAGGGAAUGAAAAGGAAAAAAGAAAUUACUCUCGAGCUCGCCAUGCCGCAAUGAACCAAUGGAUCAAGGUCAUGUCUCGUCACAAGACUGGUUCCCCGCAAAAGCUGGGCAGAUCAGAAGAUCCCGGACCAGGGGUUUGACGAGAAGACUGUUCACAGGAAUAAAAGAGGGGAAAGAGAGAAAAAGACACUUCAUCGUCAGAGGUGGGCCGGCCGGCCGCAUUAGCUGGCUAGACCCGUCACCGUCCAAGCGGUUCUUUACGUACUGCAAACCAAGCUCAUUGCAGGAGAGGAGCAAGGGGUGGUUUUUUCUUCUGUCUUUGCAUCGCGCUGGUGCUGGUAGGGCUGUGUUUUUUUCAAACAUUGGGAAUUGGGUGGCGGCAAGAAAUAGCCCUCCGCCGCAUAGCACAAAAGCGGUGAAGUGUGUUUUCCUCCUCAGAGGAGGCUGGAAGGGCCACCACUGGGUCGCGGAACGGAUGAUGCGGUCUGGGGAAAGCUGGGAACCUUUUGAACCCCCCCCCCCCCUGUCGUGAUAUAAUCCGGGGUUCAAGUGGGCAGAAAAAACGCGCGCUGUGCUUGUCAUAGGGGAGGCCUGGAAUUAGCCGAGUUUGUACCACUGUGUGACAGUGGGAGGAGUCAUGGACCAGCGGGAACAGAAUUCUCGGAUGGCUGUCGCGUUUCCCUUGCUUGGUUAUCGUUGGUGAGCAAGCCGGCCUCAGACGUCACUUUGUUUCUCAGUUCCUCCGAACCAGGGCGGAAAAGAAACGUGAUGGCGAUCUCGUCACUGGAAAGGGAGAAGGCCGUGACGAGGUUGGUCUCCCCGCUACGCCAUCCAGACACGGGCCAGGGGGUUAAGCGUGGGGGGCGAUAUGGGCGGCGUAUGGCGCUGAUGUUGUGGAAAGGUCGUUGGCAUUCCGAGGUCUUGGUCCACCGCAGCCAUCAGCGGAGCGGCUCACACUCUCCUUAUGCGUAACCAUCGGACGCUCCAGCUGAGCUCGUAACGAGGGCCAUGAGGCGGGCAACCGUACGCAGAUCCGCCCGAGAGCUGAGUCGCACGGGCAGACGAGGUCAACCACGGACCACAGGCGGCAGGCCGAGUGAAGGAGGACCUCCGAGGAGACGAUAGACCCUGUGCGAGAACGGGCUGGCUGUUCAAGUAACACUCAAAAUCCCACGUGUGCCGUCGCCAGCUGUGCUUGUUUCCACACGAGUGCGUAAUCUUCGCCCACCGGUGACCGAAACUGGAGUGAUUCCCGUGGUGGUUUUUGGGGCGGUGAUAGGUGGUGAUAGGUGAAGAUAUGUUGGUGUGGUGGUUAUCUCUUCCCCCGGACAGUAUCCGAAAAGCAAACCCCACGGCCAGCGCAAGGUUUCAAGGUUGGUGCCCGACAACAAGUGCAAGGGUGUUCCAGCCAGGCUGGACCUCCUCUUGCUUUUUGCUGCCGCGCAGGGGAGGCGGUGAAACGGCAGCGUGAGAGUGAGAACGAGCGCGUGAGGUGCCUUCUCCUCCUCUCUCUGUCUCGGCUCUGGGGGUUCUCAUGGUUUUCAUGCUUCUCAUGCAGCACCUGCUUGAUUGGGAACUGGCAGGCUUCCGUGGAGUUGGUGAUAUCAGAGGGUGUCGCCGGUGCCAAGGGACAUACUUUGGUCCUCUGGUGCCUGACACCAGGGUCCGCUGCUGAAAAGGGCAGCCUUGGGUUGUCGCUGGAUGUCGAGUGGAACCGACGCGUCAUCUCCCGCUUGCCAAAUCCCGGCUCGUCCCCGGCUUUCUGCUGGUCUGCUCACCGGGUCGGAUCUGCAGAGCCAGUCCAGACCAAUUCUGCCAAGGUGGUACCCAGCCUUCGGUGCGAGCCGGGAGCUUCCAGGGCUUGUGCUUGGCUUUUGGGGGCACGCCAGUGAUGGAAUUGGUUUGCGUCUCACUGGCAUUGCCACUGCAAUAAGCUUUUUCCGUGUUUUUGCUCGUUGGCUGUUCGCCCAGGCAGCCCUCGUGCUCAACCUUCGUCGUCCCAUCCCAACGCUCAUGGAGCACCUGGACCUGGACCUACUCUGCUCUCCUCACUCGACUGCACAUCAGACGGCUCUUUUCUGGCCGCCUCGUGGUGCCCUCCGGCCCCGAAGAGAGAGCGCACGAGCUGGGAGCAACAACGAGAGGGGCAAGGAUCUACUCUCAACAACGGACCGUAUGCUCGUUUGUGAACGGUACGUGAGAAUUUUGCGGAAAGAGAAGAAGCAAAUCAGCGCGUCGGGGGGGAAGGGGGGUGGGCUUCUUGCUUCUGGUUCAUGGCCCCGGAUUUCCAACUCCCAGCCGUUUCCCCGAGACACCAACGACGCUCGCACUUCCGACCGGCCAGCCACCGACCCCUUCAGGCCUGGUCGCUCAAAGGCGCCAGUCCUCGCCCUGAUUCAUCUUGCUCCGGCCAUCCCGCCGGCGUUUGCUCUCAGGUUCUGGCUAGCCUUAUGCUGUUUGCCAACCAGCUUGCCUUCUCAGAUCUGCUGGAUAUGUCUGUCUGACCCGGCUUCACCUACCGUCAACUAA